AUGGUCUUCGUGUCUUACAUAACCAUCACUAAGCUCACAAAGCUGGUUGCAGAAAACCUGGUGCAGCGAGAUGGAGACUUCCUGAUCCGUGAUUCGCUGUCUUUACCAGGAAGUUACGUUCUCACAUGCCAAUGGCGAAACACUGCUCAGCACUUUAAAAUUAACAAGAAGGUCGUGAUGCUGAAUGAAGCUUACUCCAGAGUUGAGUACCGCCUAGACAGAGAAGGGUUCGACAGCAUCCCUGCACUCAUCAGAUACUAUGUUGGCAACAGAAAACCUGUCUCACAGGUGGUAGGGGCCAUCAUCUUCCAGCCAAUCAACCGAGGGCUGCCGCUGCGCUGCUUAGAGGAAAAGCACGGACUGUCGAGCAGUCACCGGGAGAGGCUGAUGUCGCAGGAGAGGCGGAACCAGAAACGCCUCAGCCUCAAUAUUACCAACGGACACACAUACGACAACACACAGGCCAUGCACGACAGCACACACUGCCAGGACAAUGGCAUUGCCCGAGGCAGCCAGCUCAGGUUGAAGGAUCGCUGCGGCAGCCAACCAGCAAGUCUCAAUCAAGUCCAGGAGCGGCGACACCCACUCAAGGCGCACCAAUCAGAAAGCUUCCUUCCUCUUGGCCAAGCGAUCCGGGGCUCUGACAGCCAGCUGUGUCCCAAACCGCCUCCCAAACCCAGCAAGGUUCCUCUGGCUAGCCUGGCUCACUCCUCUUGUCCUCAGGCUAGAGUUCCCUCCUCCAGCUCCUCAAACCUCACAGACACCUCCUGUGUCUCUCCCAGACUGGCUGCACCUCCACAGGAGCCCAGACGUGUAGAAACCCCUGAUUCUUCCUGGGCGAGUGGAGCCACUGCAGGCCCUCCUGUUCCUCCAGUGAAGCCCCUGAAAUUGCAACAUCUACGGCUGCCUGCAGACUCCUGCUGCUCCUCUGGGUCUCUAGUUUCACCUGCUGAUGCUGCUAAGUGUCCCGAUUCAGAGACAAUAACAGGACAGGGUGAAAGACUGCAGCCCAGCCCUGCAGACCUGAGGUCCUGCAGCCCUCUGGAGUGGGAAUCGUCAAACUCUCCUAACCCCAUCACAGAGCACAGCUGUGAAGCUCAGCUAACACUCUGCAGCUAUGUGGAGAGACUGAAGAGAGAAGGGGAGACGGGGAAAGAGGAGGAGGAGGAGGUGGCAGGAGACAGAAGCUCCUACCAUCAUGCUAUCGCAGCCUUGGAAAACACCAGCGAAGAAGAGGAUGAAGAUGCAGGGAAAGACGAGGAGAAAGAUAAGAGGAGGAAAAAAGAGAGGAGUAGUUUUCAGCGGCCUGUCAUAGAGACGGAGUCCAUGUUCAGGCCAGCAGAGUUCGACUCGCGACUUCUGCCUCUAGAAAACAAACCACUGGAGAUGGCGGUUCUGAAGAGAGCAAAGGAGCUGGUUGUUUUGCCUCAUCCAAACACAUGCGCUAGGCACAUACUCUUUUCUUCCCACCAGGUUGCCAGGAUACUGGGAGUGACUCCAGAGCUUAAAGGUCAAAUGGGCGUGUCCUCCGGUCUGGAGCUGGUGACGCUGCCGCACGGUCGUCAGCUGAGGCUGGACCUGAUGGAAAGGUACAUAACCUCCUCUCCUCCGGUGGUCUGUGUGCCCCUCCCCCUGCCACUCCUCACACUGAUGGAGCGUCCUUCAAUUGCACCUGACGGGGUGGAGCUCUGGGAGACCAGCGACCAGGGCUGUGACAUCAUGCUGCGCCACCUGGAGGCUGCACGCAACGUUGCACGCAAUGCGCACGGCUACACUGCCAAUGCACAGAAGAUCUUACAAGGGUUUCAGUGUGACGACGAUCUGCUCGAAGUGUUUAAGACAGACUUUCAGCUGCGACUGCUCUGGGGAAGUCGCGGAGCUACGGUCAACCAAUCAGAUCGCUACAACAAAUUCAACCUCAUCCUCACUGCGUUGUCGCGGAAACUGGAGCCUCCAUCUACAACACCAACCAUAAUCUGACUUCUUCUACGCGAACACAGCAGAACAGAAAAGACAGGAAGUGAUUAGUGAGCCAAUCAGGAUCAUCAGGAGGAUCACUGUUCUCUGAAGGCGCUCAGCAGCACAGCAGGCGGGAACGUUCACCUUCAGGUCAAUGUGUUCUGAUGGAAUGUGAACCAAAGCCGGGCUCAUUUCAUUCAUGAAAAGCUUCGGAACAUCUGUGAAAACAGAACUCCUUUUUUUCAGUCCAGAUGUUCACUGUCCCGUCAGGUCAGCUUUAAUUAUGUAGCCCAAUAUUACACAUCCCAGGUUGGCCUGAUGGCUUUUUAGAGUGAAACAGCUUCUGAUUCCCUUUGUCUGAGAAAAGGAUUAAGGGGAAUAAAUACAAAUUUUAGGAAGGAGAAAGAAUGAAUUUACAGUACGGACAAUCACCAGAAAAAACGGCUACGUAGUUUCAGUCAAAUAAAACACUGGAAAGCUCAAAAAAUAUUACCGCUGUCAUGACACACUAGAAGUGAUGUCUGCACCCAAACACCUCAGACACAUCUCGCUUUUAACUUUUUUAAUCAGACUGAUGCAGUGGAAAUAUUUCAGGAAGUGAUGUGAACACUGAUCCACUUUUAAUCACAUUGAUAAGU